UAAAUUGAAAUCAGGGCUUGUUACCGUGGAAAAGUCUAAGACAUAAGAUCUCACUUGAUACUGUCGGAAGGAAUCAGUUUGGAUCACCUUCAUAUCCAUCGCCGCUUGAUAGAGUACGAAGUGGUCGAAGAGAACGUGCGGCUCAACUUGGUUUGUCGCCACAAAAACAUAGCCGGCCGUACGAAGCCAAUCAGUCAUUUCCUUCCUCUUAUAAAACUAAUGAUUGCUAUGGUGUUUCUACAAGUAGCCCUAUUGUUGUGACAACUGAUACCAGAAAAAAAGGAAUUAACAGCUUUAAAGGUAAUGGGUUGAGCAGCUUCAGUUUUUCAUCUGGAGGAUCUAAAGGUAGUUUUGCCCCUUCAGCUAGUGUUUCCCAUCAGAACAUGUCUCUCAGUGGAAGUUGGGUGUUUCACAACUUUGUAGGGGGUGGUCAGAGUCGUUCAGUGUUUACACACACUGUCCAUAAUCCCAACAAAGCAGUAGUGACAGUCAAUGCUAAAACAACAGAAAUUUUGGUGGCUAACAAAAUGGCAUGCCAACUACUGGGUCAGAGCACUGAAAAGCUGAUUGGACAACAACUUUCUCAAUAUUUUUCCACAAAGAAAGGUCAAUAUUCCCUUACAGAGACUUUGUUAGAAUCAGAUGGAGAACUGGUGUGGAUGUCAGGAGUUGUGAUGGACUUAGUUGACUCUGAUGGAGAUAUUAUUCCAGUAUCAGUUUGGAUGCAAAGAUUGAUAGUUGAUGACGAACCCCGCUGCCUUGUUGUUAUGGAACCCGUGGAAAGAACAACAGCUGUUGUGAUCUUCGAUUCUGAUG